AUGAUAACGCAUGGCUCAUCAUAUGCGCUACUUAGAAAUUUAAAACUAUUAGAUGAACCAGUGGCUUCUGUGUCAAGAGAAGAUAAUUUACAACUAAUCCGAAAAGAUUUACAAAAGUAUUUAAAACGUGCAUAUAAACAAAAUCAGCAAAUUUAUAACCUACGAACCAGACCCGAAACAUUCCACGAAGGACAAGAGGUGCUGAGGCGUAAUUUUGUGCAAAGUAGCAUGGAGAAACAUUUCAAUAGCAAGCUGGCUCCUUUGUUCGUAAAGGCAAGAGUUAAGGAGAAGUUGGGACGGCAUUACUAUGCAUUAGUAAAUUUGGAAGGUAAACCAAUUGGCACCUAUCAUGCCAAGGACAUACGUUCAUAA